GCUGAUCAUAAGAAGAUGAUUCUGUGGCUCUUUCUGGUUCUGUCAUCUCCAGUUUCUUCUACAACUGCAGAUGCUGAUAUAUCUGUGGAAAUUUGCAAUGUUUGCUCCUGUGUGUCAGUUGAGAAUGUACUCUAUGUCAACUGUGAGAAGGUUGCAGUCUACAGACCAAAUCAGCUUAAACCACCAUGGUCUAAUUUUUACCACCUCAACUUUCAAAACAACCUGCUAAUUAUUCUAUAUCCAAAUUCCUUUCUUAAUUUUACACAUGCUGUGUCCUUGCAACUGGGUAAUAAUAAGUUACAGAACAUUGAGGGAGGGGCCUUUAUGGGUCUUAGUGCAUUAAAACAGUUGCACUUGAACAACAACGAAUUAAAGAUUCUCCGGGCUGACACUUUCCUUGGCAUAGAGAACUUGGAGUAUCUCCAAGCUGACUACAAUUUAAUCAAGUUUAUUGAACGGGGAGCCUUCAAUAAGCUUCACAAGCUGAAAGUCCUGAUACUUAAUGACAAUCUGAUUUCAUUCCUUCCCGAUAAUAUUUUUCGAUUUGCUUCUCUAACCCAUCUGGAUAUACGGGGGAAUCGAAUACAGAAGCUUCCCUACAUUGGAGUUCUAGAACACAUCGGGCGAAUUGUUGAAUUGCAACUGGAAGACAACCCCUGGAAUUGUACCUGUGAUUUGUUGCCUUUGAAAGCGUGGCUGGAGAACAUGCCCUACAACAUCUACAUUGGAGAGGCUAUCUGUGAAACACCCAGUGACUUGUAUGGAAGGCUGCUGAAAGAAACCAAUAAGCAGGAGCUGUGCUCCAUGGGGACAGGGAGUGAUUUUGACGUGCGCAUCCUGCCUCCCUCACAGCUGGAGCCCGGUUACAGCACGCCCAACGGCCACACCACUCAAACAUCAGUGCACAGAUUAGUCACAAAGCCGCCAAAGACUACAAAUCCUUCUAAGAUCUCGGGGAUAGUAGCAGGCAAAGCACUGUCCAAUCGUAAUCUCAGUCAGAUCAUAUCUUACCAGACCAGGGUGCCUCCUUUAACUCCUUGUCCAGUCCCUUGUGUUUGCAAGACUCAUCCUUCAGACUUGGGAUUAAGUGUAAAUUGCCAAGAAAGAAAUAUAGAAUCAAUGGCUGAACUCGUACCAAAACCUUUAAAUGCCAAGAAACUGCAUGUAAAUGGCAAUUAUAUUAAGGAUGUGGAUACUACAGAUUUCGCUGAGUUUGAGGGGCUGGAUUUGCUACAUUUAGGCAGCAAUCGGAUUUCAGUGAUCAAAGGAGAUGUUUUCCGCAACCUUACAAAUUUACGGAGAUUGUAUCUCAAUGGCAACCAGAUAGAGCGUCUGAGCCCAGAAAUGUUUGCUGGCCUCCACAAUUUGCAAUAUCUGUAUUUGGAAUACAAUGUUAUCAAAGAAAUCCUAGCAGGCACCUUUGACUUAAUGCCAAAUUUGCAGUUGCUCUACCUGAACAACAAUCUUCUGCGAAGCUUGCCAGCAUAUAUUUUUGCUGGUGCACCACUUGCUAGACUGAAUCUGAGGAACAAUCACUUCAUGUAUUUACCUGUAAGUGGUGUUCUUGAUCAGCUAAAAUCUCUUACACAAAUAGAUUUGGAAGGUAAUCCAUGGGACUGCACUUGUGAUUUAGUUGCUUUAAAACUGUGGCUUGAAAAGCUAAAUGACGGUAUUGUGGUGAAGGAAUUGAAAUGUGAAACGCCCGUGCAGUUUGCUAACAUAGAACUUAAGUCUCUGAAAAAUGAGAUUCUCUGUCCUAAACUUUUAAACAAGCCAUCUGCUCUGUUCACUAGUCCCAUGCCUGCUGUUAUUUUUACAACUCCACCAGGACCAGUCCGGAGUCCUCCUGGUGGCCCAGUCCCAUUGUCCAUCCUAAUCCUAAGCAUAUUGGUUGUGCUGAUUUUAACAGUGUUUGUUGCUUUUUGUCUUCUUGUUUUUGUGCUUCGGCGCAACAAAAAACCAACCAUAAAGCAUGAAGGGAUUGGAAACCAAGAGUGCAGUUCUAUGCAACUGCAGCUAAGAAAGCACGAUCACAAGUCAAACAAAAAAGAUGGACUGGGUGCAGAGGCCUUCAUUCCUCAAACCAUUGAGCAGAUGAGCAAAAGUCACACCUGUGGCUUGAAAGAGUCUGAAACAGGCUUCACGUUUGCUGACCCACCAGGGCAAAAAGUAAUUCUGAGAAAUAUGAAUGACAAGGAGAAAGAUUUAUUGCAUGUGGAUACCAGAAAAAGACUUAGUACAAUCGAUGAACUGGAUGAGUUAUUCCCUGGAAGGGAUUCCAAUGUAUUUAUUCAAAAUUUUCUUGAAAGUAAAAAAGAAUACAACAGCAUAGGGGUCAGUGGCUUUGAAAUACGUUACCCAGAGAAACUGCAAGACAAAAAAACCAAGAAGUCUCUAAUAGGUGGUAAUCAUAGUAAAAUUGUAGUAGAACAAAGAAAAAGUGAAUAUUUUGAACUAAAAGCUAAACUUCAAGGUUCACCUGACUACCUACAAGUCCUUGAAGAACAAACAGCUUUGAAUAAAAUAUAGGUCAUACAAUCUUAUUGCCUACAGAGGACAUUUAUUUAAUGAUGAAAGUGCCUUUUGUUGACUUUUAACUUCCAAAUACUAUAUUAUAUUGCUAGGCAUAGAGGUAUAUACAGGUGUAUCCAAGGGUGUCUGAUUAACUGUAGCUGCGUAUGAUUUGUCAAGUAGAGGAGAAUUUCCUUAAUAGAUUUUACUCCAUAAAGCUCAUGCCCUGUGGAAUCCUGUAGGGAUACUGCAAACUCUAUUGCCAAAGGGAUGCUUUAUACACGUUACACUGAAUUUAACCUCAAGAGGCAUAUAUGUUUUGUAUCUUAAAUGCAAACCAUCGUCUCCUUGUGAUUUGUUAGAACAAACACAAGAAACCUGGUACUGAUAUUUGUACUUCAGCUGGGUCCUUCAUCCUGCACGUGGAUUUAAGUUGGUGGAACUGGAGUAAUCCUUUGAUUUGUGGUGUUCUAAUGGCACUGUUUAAAGCUUAUCUGGAAAGUAACAAGCAUGCAAAGAGAGAACAUUCAAUAGUAUGUGUAAAUUGGUUACAUUUAUGGGCUGCAUCUUGAAACCACUGGAAUUAUAAUGUUAAAUUGUGCAACUAUUUAUUUAAAAUAUACCAUGCAUUACAUACCUAUGAAAUAAAUCUGACCAUUUGAAGCAUACAUGUCUAUACAGAAAAUUAAAAAAAAAAAAAAAAAGAAAGAAAAUAGUCAACCUGACUUCUGCAGUAUUUGUGACAUCUGAAGAAAAUAUUUGGUAUUUAUGCAGAAUCUGUUCUAAGACUCAUCUCCAAUUAAAACUAGAGUUCCUUCUCAGUUAUGUGGAACUUUUGCAACCCCAACAGGUUGUCCAGAAUUAUCAAAGUGCUUACUGUGUGAGCGUAGCAGAAAUUAUUUUUGUAAUAUAAUUCAUAUUUAUGAAAUACUUUGUAUACUACAUAGGAAAAAAUAUGUACUCCUUAAUAUGUAUUUAAUAUGCCUGACUUGUUU